CUCACGAUGUUAUACGCUCUGUCGUGACUGAUGGACAUGAUACCAUUUGGAUGGAUAAGUUGAUCCGGGGAAGUUAUCCCAAGAUAUCAAUCGAAUCGGGUUCACAAUAAUUUGAUCUCAGAACUUUGGCGUCGCUAUUCUGCUGUGGAAGUGUGUUGUAUUAGCUGGCAAUAGUUACUGAAAUAAGAAGAUUAUUCAAAUUAUAUCUUACCAAAAUGGCUGCUGUCAUUAAUGUAGAACAAAGAAAACUUACCAGAUCGUCAAAACUCGAGCAAACUAUUUUAUCAAAUCGAGGAAUGAAUAUUCACCUAAAAAGAUGUUUGAACGUGAUUGAAGUCGACAGGAAACGAAUGUUAAAAUUUGUUGCAAGAAGGCAGAGAGAAUUACAAGCCGAUCUUAAAGCAAAGAAAGAUGAGAAAUUCAAUGUGAUGUUAAGAUAUCAAAUGCAAAAAACGCAAAAUGAAGGCAAAAAGAAAAAUACCCGCCGACCUUCUGUCGCCGCUGACAUCGAAGGCGCUCUUUUCACUGAUGGCUUAAUGAAUGCACCCGGUGUUAAUCACAGAAUGAAAAGACUUGACACUCGACGAAGAAUACUUCCUGAUUUUGAAGAUGAUAUGGAGGAUGGUGCAGAAAAUUUAGACGAAGAUAAUGUUCAAAUAGCUGCUGUCGAAGGAAGCCAGAGACGGAAUGCUGAUGAGUCCGCCUUGACCUCUACUAUGAGAGUCCAAAAUCGUGUUUCAGUCACUGACAAAGCGAAAUGUUCUGAAGGCAAUAAUCAUCACGCGUCACAUCCUAACAGUGAUGAUGCCAAGUCAGAAGCAAUGAUAUGGAUGACGUCCGGCGUAUGUUCCGUUAUAAAUCAAGAUGCAGAACUGAAGCAAAUUACACCUAAACAUGACGAAAUACGAGAACCUGAGCCAAAGGGUGUACGAUCUCCACCCAUUACCGGAUUUAGCAUGUCGUCGCAAAUGCGAGCCCCGAACCAACGGACGGCUCAUACGUCACCUGCAACAAGACCUGAUCAAAAACGAGGUUCCAGAAAGUCAAAUGAAACUUUGAAAUCUGUGAGAUUCUCUCGGCAUCGAGGAUCGUUGGAUGGCAUAGAAAAUCUUUUAACCAAUUUUGCGGAGGACGAAAAAUCAGCCAAUAAAAUCCAAGAUAAACAGGGACAGUCGCGUCUCUCUGUGGUCAAGUCUAAAUUAGAAUCAAAUGAAAAAGAAUUUCUCUUAAAACUUAGAAUUCAGAAUCAAAAGUUGGAGAAUGAAGACGUUGCAAGAAAAGUGUGGGAUUUUAUUGGCAAGAGGCCAAUAAGCAUGUCCGGGGAAAGAGUUUCCAACGAUAAUACACAACUGUCAGAUGACGACACUUUAUCAGACGGCGAAGAGGAGCGAAAUCUUUCAAAAUAUUUGGCGGCAGCAAGCGUCACUUCGCGUAGACGUGGGAAAGUAGGGUGAAGGAUAGCUGUUUUACGUAUUUGUUGCACAGAUAUAUUUCGUCAGGAAAUUGAAUCCACAAGGUCAACGACUGAAAUAAAUUUCAGUAAAAUGCACAGAUGAAAUAUAUAUAAUAAAUAUAACACAUGUGGAUAAACUGUACAAUAACAAUAUCCCGCGAUGGCUGUAUUGUCUGACAGGCCUUGUGCUCAAAAUUUGGGGAUAUGUAGCCAACACAAGUGACCCUCAGCUUACUUGAGCCACAUAUAUAUAUAUAUGCAUAUAUAUCAUAUUUUCUUUAUAAUGUAUUUUAGUUUUCGAUGCUUUAAAUGUUAUGAAAAUAAAUUAAGCCCAGAGCGUAAUUGCAAUGGUAAAAUAAUAUUUACACGAUCGUUAUACCCAUGGAUAUUUGAACUUAUCGGUAUGUACAUUUGCAUUCGAGGUUAUUUCAAAAUAUCUACUAUAGGCUAUGGAAGCGGUUCCCAAAGGGAGUGCCACGGCGAUUUGAUAGGUGCGUCCCGAAAGUUAACAGAAUUGCGUUAAUUAAAUAACUAAUAUAUGAUUGAAUAUUUACAUAUUGUAUUUAUUAUAAAUGUUUUAUUGUUUCUUAUUUUAAAUGCUGUGUAUAUGAA